CCAUUUAAUCGGAUGGAGCCACAAGAGGGAUGUCUCAGGGGUCCGUUGAUCUGCGAGCUCGACAUUCAGCGGACGCAUUCAGAUGGAGCUGCUCGAAACAUAGACUUCUAUACCACUUUAACCACGAUAAUGAUCUCUACAGAAUACAUCGACUGGCCAGAUUACAAGCUUGCUAAGUUAAUUUAUUAUUAUCGGUGGUUGCGUUCGUCUGCUGCUCCCACCGCCAACGACGAUAAAUACAGGACUUCCCCAAAACCGCUCCUCCCCCCAACAUCUUCCCGCCUCUCCCACACAUCUCCAAUACACAACACACCAUGGCCGCGCCAUCCGGCCUCAUUGCCCACGGGCUCUUCGAGGACCUGCAAGCCCGCACCGACGAGGACACCGCCAUCCGCGAUGGACUGCGCGAUAUCAUUCAAACAUGGGAGAAGCAAAAUCGAAGCAUCACAUACGUUCUUUCGAGAGGACAUGGCACGCCCAUUGCAAAACUUUCCGAGCUUCUGAAGUCGGCGGAGGAACCGCUGGGUAAGGCGGUAGAGACAGUGGGCAAGCUCGCCGAGGUGGCAAGCAAGGCGCCGUACUACAAGUUCAAUGGGAUGUGGAGUCGGCAGAUGCAGGAUCUGGUCUUCCAGAUUCUGUUCUGGGGGUGGCUUGGCGGAUAUGAGAAUGGGGGUGGGGAGGUUAAGAGUGGGAGGUUGAUGAAUAUUGAGGAGGUCGGAGAGUAUCUGAAAGUACCGGUGAACCUCAAGGAUGAAGACAAGUUCCACCUGGCUAUCGAAGAGUACCUUCACGCUCUCAUCUCGCUCGUCGAGGAACUGGCCCGACUUGCCCGCAACUCCGUUACCAUGGGCGAAUACGAGCGUCCUGUGCUUAUCAACCAGUUCGUCAAGGAUGUGCUUGCCGGAUUCCAGAUUCUGAACCUCAAGAAUGAUAGCCUGCGCAGGAGGAGCGAUAGUCUGAAGUAUAAGGUGAAGGAUGUGGAGGACAUCAUCUACGAUUUGAGUCUGAGGGAUUUGCUGCCGAAAAAGGAGUAGGAAGGGGGGGAAAGGGACGACAUGCGACGCUGAUGAUAAGGUCAUCGAGGUAUGGCAUAUGUACGACUACGGCUGCAGUGCGGGACCAUCAAAAGCGCGAGAUCUGGCCAGUAACCUGGUGCUGAGAAUGAAAUGGCAUCACUGGCUUAGGGCAAGGCGAAGAGAUGGCCAACGCCUUCGUAAUCAGAAACUUCAAGCUUGGAAUUUGGGAUCUACAAAAAGUGAAGGCAUCAUGUUUUCUGACAUUAGAGCCGGUUCACCAGUAUCAUCAAAUACAUCUCCCUUCCCAAUGG